AUGUUGACUAAUACAAGAGUCAAGUACAGUGAACACUUGAAGCAAACUACAAUCGUCAGCAAGCCAGCCGGAAAUUUCAUUUCCGGCAGGAAAAAGCCUUCCCAGACGGAGAUACACUCCGGCGCCGGAACCGCCACCAGGACCGUCAGGUUCUCUGUCACCGACGCUUAUGCAACUGACUCCUCAAGCGAUGAAGAGGAUGGCUUCUUUGUUAAACGUCAGAGAGUAAAGAAAUUCAUAAACGAGGUGAAAAUCCAGCCAUGUUGUAGAGAAAACAGGAGUGUAGAAACUGUUGCUGCUGCUUCCACCGUUCUGGGAGGUAGCAGGCGGCCUUCCACGGCGGUGAAACGUAAGAAAAGUAGUGCUAGACAGAAACAGAACGGCGGAACUGACAGUCAAAAAGUGACAAGAAAUGGAAAUGUGAGGAAGUUCCGCGGCGUACGGCAGCGGCCGUGGGGCAAAUGGGCGGCUGAGAUUCGAGACCCCUUGAGGCGUGUACGGCUGUGGCUAGGCACUUAUGACACGGCGGAGGAGGCUGCCAUGGUGUACGAUCACGCGGCAAUCCAGCUGCGCGGCCCUGACGCUCUCACUAAUUUCUCAGUCCCGCCGCAAAUGGAAAACAAAACAAACUCAGGGUACAACUCCGGCGAGGACUCCCACAACACCUUGAAAUCACCCAAGUCUGUUCUCCGAUUUGUCUCAGCGGCUGACUCACAAACUGAAGUCGAAGCCGAAGCUGAAGCCGAGUCGUCGUCGUUCUUUUCGCCGCCAAAUGAUGCUGUUCCGUUAAAGGAGAAUGAGGAUAUUACCCUAUGGGAGAAUUUCUCGGACUGUCCGAUAUUUCCGUCGGUUGAAGAUAUGUUCCGGGAAUUUGAUGAUCCGCUUCCCGUACCCGAUUUGUUUGAUGAAACGGGUUUUGCAGAUAGCGUCUUCGGCUUGGAUUUUGACUGUUGCGACGACAUGCUUGUCGGGUCAAGUUAUAAUACCGGGUUUGGGCAAGCGGAUGACUACUUUCAAGAUUUUGGUGAUAUAUUCGGGUCGGAUCCUCUAGUUGUUCUUUGA